AUGUUGAAGAAAGAGAAGCGGGUCGGUGCCAACCUGGACAGAGCACAUCACUCCAGCACCUGUCUUGGUCAAUUAUUUAUUCAUAACUCUGAUAAAGUCAAGAUACUCACCGUUACCAUUCUGGCUCUCUGUCUUCCGAGUCCCGGGAAUGCACAGCAACAAUGCACUAACGGUUUCGAUCUGGACCGCUCGUCAGGACAGUGUUUAGACAUUGAUGAAUGCCGGACCAUCCCUGAGGCCUGCCGAGGAGACAUGAUGUGUGUUAACCAAAAUGGCGGGUAUUUAUGCAUCCCCCGAACAAACCCAGUGUACCGAGGGCCCUACUCGAACCCCUACUCGAACCCCUACUCAGGUCCGUACCCAGCAGCGGCCCCACCGCUAUCAGCUCCAAACUACCCCACGAUUUCGAGGCCUCUUAUAUGCCGCUUUGGAUACCAGAUGGAUGAAAGCAACCAGUGUGUGGAUGUGGACGAGUGUGCAACGGAUUCUCACCAGUGCAAUCCUACCCAGAUUUGCAUCAACACCGAAGGAGGGUAUACCUGCUCCUGUACGGAUGGCUAUUGGCUUCUGGAAGGCCAGUGCUUAGACAUUGAUGAAUGUCGCUAUGGCUACUGCCAGCAACUGUGUGCGAACGUUCCUGGGUCCUAUUCCUGCACCUGCAACCCCGGUUUUACCCUCAAUGAGGAUGGAAGGUCUUGCCAAGAUGUGAACGAAUGUGCAACUGAGAACCCAUGCGUGCAAACUUGUGUCAACACCUAUGGCUCUUUCAUCUGCCGCUGUGACCCAGGAUAUGAACUUGAGGAUGACGGUGUUCAUUGCAGUGACAUGGACGAAUGCAGCUUCUCUGAGUUCCUCUGCCAGCAUGAGUGUGUGAAUCAGCCCGGCACGUACUUCUGCUCCUGUCCCCCUGGUUACAUUCUGUUGGAUGACAACCGGAGUUGCCAGGAUAUCAACGAGUGUGAGCACAGAAACCACACGUGUAACCUGCAGCAGACUUGCUACAAUCUGCAAGGGGGCUUCAAGUGCAUUGACCCCAUCCGCUGUGAGGAGCCUUAUCUUCGGAUCAGCGAUAACCGCUGUAUGUGUCCUGCUGAGAAUCCUGGCUGCAGAGACCAGCCGUUUACCAUCUUGUACCGGGAUAUGGAUGUGGUAUCGGGACGCUCCGUUCCUGCUGACAUCUUCCAAAUGCAAGCAACGACCCGCUACCCUGGGGCUUAUUACAUUUUCCAGAUCAAGUCUGGGAAUGAGGGCCGAGAAUUCUAUAUGCGGCAAACGGGCCCCAUCAGUGCCACCCUGGUGAUGACACGCCCCAUCAAAGGGCCGCGGGACAUACAGCUGGACUUGGAAAUGAUCACGGUCAACACGGUCAUCAACUUCAGAGGCAGCUCCGUGAUCCGACUGCGGAUAUAUGUGUCCCAGUACCCGUUCUGA